UGCGAGUGAGCCUCCUCAGAGCACAGCCCCACAGUCAGCCAAAGGACUUGAAGUAGGCACCUCUGGUUGUUUUCUUCAGGUUCAUAAUGGACAACAUUCUGGCACUUACACCUAGCCUUCUGCAGCCUAAGGCCCCUGAGGCAUGGCAGCAGGUUUCAAAUGUGACUGUGGUGGAUAAUGUGCCUCCUGAUAUGUUACAUCUUAUUGAUGCUCACUGGUACCAGUUUCCUCCUUUAAAUCCACUUUGGCAUGCAAUUCUUGGAUUUAUGAUUGGAUGUUUGGGCUUUGUGUCGUGGAUGGGUAAUGGAGUUGUGAUCUAUAUCUUUUCUACGACCAAAGGACUUCGCACCCCUUCCAACCUGCUUGUUGUGAAUUUGGCUUUUUCUGAUUUCCUCAUGAUGGUGGUAAUGUCACCACCUAUGGUAGUUAACUGCUUCUAUGAAACAUGGGUAUUAGGAGAACUGAUGUGCCAAAUAUAUGGCAUGUGUGGAUCCUUGUUUGGCUGUGCUUCCAUUUGGACUAUGACAAUGAUUGCAAUGGACCGAUACAAUGUUAUUGUAAAGGGCUUAGCAGGCAAGCCUCUGACUAUCAAGACUGCUUUGCUACGCAUUAUUGUAGUGUGGCUCUUUGCUCUAGCAUGGACAAUUGCACCACUUUUUGGAUGGAACAGAUAUGUUCCAGAAGGAAAUAUGACAGCAUGUGGCACUGAUUAUCUUAACAAAGAUUGGUUCAGUCGCAGUUACAUUUUGGUGUACUCGGUGUUCGUAUACUACUUGCCCCUUUUUACGAUAAUCUAUUCAUACUACUUUAUCGUGAAGGUUGCCCUGAUGACAAUCUCAUUGUGGUUCAUGGCUUGGACUCCAUAUCUCGUUAUCAAUUACAUGGGUGUCUUCCAAGGAGCCAACAUUAGCCCGCUGGCCACUAUUUGGGGCUCGCUGUUUGCCAAAGCGAAUGCAGUUUACAACCCUAUCGUAUAUGGCAUCAGCCAUCCAAAGUACAGAGCUGCUCUGAAAGAGAAGCUUCCUUGCCUUGUGUGUGGACAGACGGAGAGUCCAGAAACAACAUCGCAAGCUUCAGCUGGCACUACCAACACAAAUGCUGCUGAGAAGGCAUAACAUACCCAAAGAGAUGUUUUUAUGUACUUUCCUGAAACAAAGAGAUAAACAAUUUAUUCCUAGCAUUGAAUUGACUUGUCUCAUUUGCU